AUGCUAAACCUUGUCCCUCUUCCAGAGUCCCUACCGUCACGCAGAGGCGGUGGGGUCGAUGCCAACAUAGCAGAGCGAGACCCGCAUCUGGUCUCCUGGUCCUCAUCGAGUGAUCCGGGCAACCCGAAAAACUGGUCCCUCGCCCGAAAAUGGGCGGCCACGGCCGCGGUCUCGUUGUUCACAUUCAUAUCACCUGUCGCAUCCUCCAUGGUCGCCCCGGCACUAAAGGAGAUAGCUUCCGAGUUGAAAAUGGAAUCCGACAUGGAAACUCAAAUGCCGGUUUCAAUCUUCGUCCUGGCCUAUGCCGUCGGUCCGCUUUGCUUCGGUCCAAUCUCAGAAACAUUCGGCAGAACCUAUGUUUUGCAGAGUACGAAUCUGCUGUACAUCGUCUGGAACCUAGCGUGCGGAUUUGCCCAAACCAAAGGCCAGUUGUUUGGCUUCCGGUUCAUGAGUGGUAUCGCUGGCAGCGCUCCGCUGGCUGUGGGAGGGGGUGUCUUGAGUGAUUGUUGGAAUGCAGAUCAACGGGGGCAAGCGGUUGGUAUAUAUACUUUGGCGCCUUUGCUUGGCCCAGUCAUCGGCCCGAUCACCGGAGCCAUCAUAUCGGAAUAUGCCACAUGGCGUUGGGUAUUCUGGUCAACGAGCAUCGCCGGUGUCAUAAUCCAAGUAUUCGGUCUUUUGUUCCUACCCGAGACCUAUGGCCCCACAUUGCUGAAGCGUCGAGCAAAGUCGUUGCGGGAAAAGGAAGGAGACUCGCUCUAUCAUACUGAGCAAGAUUCGGUCAAUCUUGUCUCGGCUAUGAAAACCGCCCUCGUUCGCCCAUUCAAGCUGCUCGCCACCCAGCCUAUCGUCCAAGUGAUUGCCCUAUACAUGGCUUACCUGUUUGGCAUGUUCUACCUCCUUUUGUCGACAUUUCCGGGCGUCUGGGAAGGCGUAUAUGGGGAGAGCACUGGCAUCGGAGGCUUGAACUAUCUAUCUCUUGGCGUCGGAUAUGUCCUGGGCGCACAGGUAAACACUCACACGAGCGACAAAAUCUACCGCCGGUUGAAAUCAGCAUGGAACAACGAAGGGGUACCUGAGUUUCGCAUGCCCGCCAUGUUUGUCGGCUCCAUGUUUAUCCCGAUCGGACUCUUCUGGUAUGGCUGGAGUGUGCAGGCGCGGGUCCAGUGGAUGAUGCCCAACAUCGGCAUGGUCAUCUUUGGGUUCGGCGCCAUCAUGUGCCUGCAGUGCAUGCAGACUUAUAUCAUCGACAGCUAUACUCGAUUUGCUGCGAGCGGACUGGCUUCUGUGGUGGUGCUGCGCAGUUUGGCAGGCUUCGCCUUUCCCCUGUUCGCCCCAUACAUGUACCAGUCGUUGGGUUAUGGCUGGGGAAACAGCGUCCUUGGUUGCCUGAGCAUUGUGAUCGGUAUACCAGCACCAUUUGCAUUCUGGUUUUUCGGCGCGAAGCUUCGUAGAAUUUCGCGAUAUGCUGCUGGGUGA